CCCUCCGGCAGAGGGCGCUGCGAAGCGCGAGUCCUGCUGUGGCUUCCGGGGCGGGGCUUCCGGCGUGCUGUUCCUGAGGCGCGAUGGCGGCGGUGCGGGGCCUGCGCGUCUCCCUCAAGGCCUCGCCCGUGGCGGCCUCGGCCUCGGCGUCGCCCUCGUUGCCGGACCCGGAGCCCAUGGAGGUGGAGGAGGGCGAGCUGCUCCUCCCGGCGCCGGCGCCGCCGCCCAAGGAGAGCGAAGAGGAGGAGGAGGAGGAGCCGAAGCCUCCGCCGCCAUCGGAAGAAGGAACAGGAGCGGGAGCGGGAGGGGCCUCGCUGUCGCCGCCGCCGCCGAGGAGGGCCCUGCCGGACUCAAGCCGGAGAUAUGAAAACAAAGCCGGGAGCUUCAUCACCGGGAUCGACGUCACAUCCAAGGAAGCCAUUGAGAAGAAGGAGCAGAGGGCCAAGCGCUUCCACUUCCGCGCAGAAGUCAACCUGGCCCAAAGGAACGUGGCGCUCGACCGGGACACCAUGAAGAAAGCCAUCCCGAAGCUUCGCCUGGACACGCUCUACCUUUUUGGCGUGGACGAGAUGAGCACGCAGGACAUCUUUGGCUACUUUAAGGAGUAUCCGCCGGCCCACAUCGAGUGGCUGGACGACGCCUCCUGCAACGUGGUCUGGCUGGACGAAGUGACCGCCACGCGGGCCUUGAUCAACAUGAGCGCCAUGCCCGAGGAGGAGGAGGAGGAGGAGGAGGCGGCGGCGGCGGCUGUGGCAGCGAAGCCCCAGGAGAGUGGCCGGAGGGUCAGGAAAGAGAAGGCGGAGGGGAGCUCGGAGGAGGAGGCGGAGGAGGGCGAGGUGGAGGAUGACCGCCACAGCCUGGCCGAGGAGCUGGACACUCUCUCCCAAGCGGAAGAGGACUCCCUCCUGCGCAACGACCUCCGGCCGGCGGUCAAGCUGGCCAAGGGCAACAAGCUCUUCAUGCGCUUCGCCACCCGAGACGAUAAGAAGGAGCUGGGGGCGGCCCGGCGGAGCCAGUACUACAUGAAGUACGGCAACCCCAACUACGGCGGCAUGAAGGGCAUCCUCAGCAACUCCUGGAAGCGGCGUUACCACUCGCGCCGGCUGCACCGGGACGUGGUCAAGAAGCGGGUGCUGCUGGGGGACGAAGACGUGGGACAGGCGGCGCCGUACAAGCACCACCGCUCUGGCUUGGUCAACGUUCCCGAGGAGGAGGAGGAGGAGGAGGAGGAGGAUGAGCAGGACAUGGAGGAGGAGGAAGGGGCUGGUGGAGGCGGAGGUGGUGGAGGUGGCGGUGGCAGUGGUCGCGUGGUGGUGGAGUACCGGGACGAGCUGCAGGCGUUCCGGCGCGCGCGGGAGCGGAGCGGGGCCCCCCGGCGGACCCCCGUGGCGACCACGUCCUCCCCCUCCUCCUCAUCCUCCUCCUCCUCGUCCUCCGGCUCGUCUUCUUCGGGCUCGGACUCGGACGAGAUGGACUACGACCUGGAGCUGAAGAUGAUCUCCACGCCCUCCCCCAAGAAGAGCCUCAAGAUGACCAUGUACGCCGACGAGGUCGAGUCCCAGCUCAAGAGCAUACGGAACUCCAUGCAAGCGGACAGCGUGUCUUCCGGGAACAUCAAGACCCGGAUCGGGAGCAAAGGGCCGGCCGAGAAGAAAGUGACCGACGUGCGGCUGCUGCUGGACGAGAAGCGCCAGGGCGGGGCCGGGUCGCGACCCUCGCUGGCCCCGCCCACAGGCGCCCCCAAGUCAGACGUGCGCCAGCGCCUGGGCAAGCGCCCGCACUCCCCAGAGUCCCCGCCGCUGACGGCCUCUCCGGCCCCACUCCUCCUGCGCGAGCCCCUCUCGGACGUCCACAGCCGGCUGGGCAUCGUCGCCAAGAGGGACCCCCACGACCGGGACCCCCGAGACCGGGACCCCCGGAACAAGAAGAAGGAGAAGGAGAAGGAGAAGAAGAAGGCCGGGACGCUGUGGGCGCGGCUGGGCUCGGCCCCGGAGAAGAAGAAGAAGGCGGUGCCGGUGUCGGCGUCCGCGCUGGAGCCUCUGGAGAAGAAGUCCCCGCUGUCGCCCUCGGCCUCGGCCUCGUCCGGCCUGGCUUCCCCGGAGGAGGAGGACUCGGCGCUGCAGCGGGCCUGGGGGGCCCUCAUCCAGGGCAAGGCGCACUCCAGGCAACAACAGCAGCAGCAACAGCAGCAACAACAACAGCAGCAGAAGAGCCGCCUGGACCACCUGCCGUCGCUCCAGAUCGAGAUCAGCCGGGAGGAGAGCAGCUCCGGCUCCGAGGCCGAGUCCUGACCCGCCCCCGCACCACGACUCCCACCGGCAGCAUUCUCUCCUGAGGUUUGGCCUGCGUCUGGGGCUCAUGGCAUCUAUAUGACAUUGAGUUAGCCAUGAAGUUUGCAAAGUCAGUCGGUUAGCCUGGCUGUUAUUGCCAGGAGGCACCCACCGUUUGGGAAGGGUUCGCUGCCACCGGAUUGUUUGCUAUCUGCGGAAUAGUAAAUACGUGAAAACGUUGACGGAUAUAUUUUUUCUGAAUUUUUCCUUCGAAUAUUUUUUUUUCUGAAAUAUUUUUGGCAAAUUAUUUAUUUAGAGGUAGCCUGGCUGUUGUUGCCUGGAGGCACCCACCGUUUGGGCAGUGUUCAUUGCCACUGGAUUGCUUGCUACCUGCAAAAUAAUAAAUAAGUAUUUGUGAAUAUUUUCCUGAAUUUUUUCCUGAAUUUUUUUCUCUGAAUAUUUUCCUUUGAAUAUUUUCCUUUGAAUAUUUUCCUGAAUAUUCUCCUUUGAAUAUUUUCCUGAAUAUUUUCCUUUGAAUAUUUUCCUUCGAAUAUUUUCCUGAAAUUUUUCCUGAAUUUUUCCUUCGAAUAUUUUCCUGAAUAUUUUCCUUCGAAUAUUUGCCUGAAUUUUUCCUUUGAAUAUUUUCCUUUGAAUAUUUGCCUGAAUAUUUUCCUGCGAAUAUUUUCUUUAAUAUUUCCUGAAUAUUUUCCUGAUUUUUUUUCUCUGAAUAUUUUCCUUUGAAUAUUUUCCUGAAUAUUUUCCUGCGAAUAUUUCCUUGAAUAUUUUCUUUCUAAUAUUUUUCCUGAAUAUUUUAUAUUUUCCUGAAGGUUUAUUUUCCUUCGAAUAUUUUCCUGAAUAUAUUUUUGGGGGAAUGUUCUGCAGAUAGCCACCCAUCCAGUGCUAAUUAACACCUCCUAACCGGCGGGUGCCUCCAGGCAAUGACAGCCAGGCUACCCCUGGGCAUGCAAAUACCCUCCCUGAUUGACUUUGCAAACUUCAGGGCAGGGCUACUGAGUGCUUUGCAAGCUUGCCAAUGUCAAUAGUGACUCUUGACUCUGGCAAGGGAUCUUCCUCCCACCCUGGACAUUAUUGCAGAGGGAUCUAUAUAUAUAUGUCUAUAUAUAUAGACUGCCAUUAGCCACAGAUGCAGGCCUGUUGGGAAUGAUGGGAGUUGUAGUCCAAGGCCCCGUCUGUGUGUAUUUCCGUGUAGAAGACUUCCUCUUCCUUUUUGGCACUUCCUUUGCUGUGCAUUUCUCAAAACUUGAGACUGAGACUUUCUUCCGGAAUAUAUAAAUAUAUAUAUAUAUAUAUAUUACACAAGGAAGGCAUCGGGACGGCCCCCUCCCCCAUUUAAAGGUGCUUUUGUUUGUUUGUUUGUUUGUUUAGGAUUAAACUUUCACCUGUACAACGUUUCGAGGAAGCAGAAAAGGAAA